AUGUCACUGCGUACCCAGUCUUCUUAUCUCCAAAGCACCCAGCCAUUUUGUGGCAAUGUCGUUUCAGAGAAGAUUGCAGAGGUGAGACUGCAUGGUGAAGAGGAGCGUUCAGAAGUGCACACCCUGAAGCUUCACCCACCCUCGCGGAAGAUGAUUCAGGCCCGAGAAGAUGAAUCAACUCCGCAAGAUGAAGAUGUUUCUGUUCAUGAAUACGAAGAGGAUGAGGAACGAAGCGAAGAAGUUGAGAUCCACGAGAACAGUGGAGGAGAAGAGUCUAAUGAAAGCGACGAGGAGGCUUCGAGUACAGACUCUAGCGUGAAGGAAGAAAGCAAGGACCACCAUGUGUUAAUUGCUGCCAGCGCAAUGGAGACCAACUAUUCGGUCCACCGCAUGGAAGUGGUGGAGAUUCCAGAGCUGGAUGCUGACAACGUAAGGGCUGCUGUUGCUCGGGCCAAAGUGUCAGCACACUACAUGCAGAGUGCACGAAUACAGGGAAAGGCCGAUGACAAGAGUCCGAAGGAGAUGAACGCACCUGACGAGGGGUGA